AUGGUUCUAUACUGUCAAAUUUUUCUCAUUGUUUCUUAUUUAUUACAUUUUUCUUUAGGCAGUGCUGUUGAGCUUCCCGAACAAUUUCACAAAUCGAAUCACACAAACAAUUGGGCUGUAUUAGUGGAUACAUCGAGGUUUUGGUUCAACUAUCGGCAUGUGGCUAACGUUUUGUCUAUCUACCGAAGUGUUAAGCGUCUGGGCAUCCCUGAUAGCCAAAUUAUACUCAUGAUAUCAGACGAUAUGGCGUGCAAUCCCAGAAACCCUCGUCCAGCAACUAUCUUCAACAACGCUCAUGAACAAAUCAAUGUUUAUGGUGAUGAUGUAGAAGUCGACUAUAGAGGCUACGAAGUAUCAGUUGAGAAUUUCGUCCGUCUCUUAACAGGCCGUGUUCCACCAGACACUCCUAAAUCAAAACGACUACUAACAGAUGAAGGCAGUAACAUACUUAUAUACUUAACUGGUCACGGAGGUGAUGGCUUUCUGAAGUUUCAGGACUCCGAAGAAAUCACAAGUCAAGAACUGGCUGAUGCUUUAGAACAAAUGUGGCAGAAGAGAAGGUACAAUGAAAUUUUCUUUAUAAUAGACACAUGCCAGGCUUCAUCAAUGUAUGAGAAGUUUUAUUCACCUAACAUAUUAGCUACUGCAAGCAGUCUGGUCGGAGAGGAUUCACUAUCCCACCAUGUUGAUUCAGCUAUUGGUGUGUACAUAAUUGAUAGAUACACAUAUUAUGUGCUGGAAUUCUUAGAAAAUGUUCAUCCUAAUAGCAAGAAAACCAUGUCAGAAUUUCUUUCUGUUUGUCCGAAGAGUGCAUGUUUGUCAACAGUGGGAGUUCGUCGUGAUUUAUUCAAGCGGGACCCUAACAAGGUCCCGAUUACAGACUUCUUUGGUUCAGUCCGACCAGUCAUCAUAACAACUGAUCCUAUAUACAUAAAACAUGCACCAAAGAGAAAGAAAACAUUGAAUGUUACCAGAGUACCUGAGAAAAGGGAAUAUCUACCACAAUUCCCUAUGCAUUUAGUUAAAAACACUAUUUAA